AUGGCCGAGUUUGUACGCGCCCAGAUCUUCGGAACCACGUUCGAGAUUACCUCGAGAUACUCCGAUCUCCAGCCCGUUGGCAUGGGAGCUUUUGGUCUCGUAUGCUCUGCUCGAGAUCAGCUCACCAACCAAAAUGUCGCCGUCAAGAAGAUCAUGAAGCCUUUCAGCACACCUGUGCUUGCCAAGCGCACAUACCGUGAGCUCAAGCUGCUCAAGCAUCUUAAGCACGAAAACGUUAUUUCUCUCAGUGACAUCUUCAUCUCACCCUUGGAAGAUAUUUAUUUCGUCACAGAACUCCUCGGUACCGAUCUCCACCGAUUAUUGACUUCGCGCCCUCUCGAAAAGCAGUUCAUUCAGUAUUUCCUCUACCAGAUCAUGCGUGGACUCAAGUACGUGCAUUCGGCCGGUGUUGUCCACCGUGACCUCAAGCCUAGCAACAUUCUCGUCAACGAAAACUGCGAUUUGAAGAUCUGCGACUUUGGUCUUGCCCGAAUCCAGGACCCCCAGAUGACUGGCUAUGUUUCUACACGAUACUACCGAGCUCCCGAGAUUAUGCUCACCUGGCAAAAAUACGACGUUGAAGUUGAUAUCUGGAGUGCUGGCUGCAUUUUCGCUGAGAUGCUUGAGGGCAAGCCUCUUUUCCCUGGAAAGGAUCACGUCAACCAAUUCUCCAUCAUCACCGAGCUCCUCGGCACCCCCCCUGAUGAUGUUAUCAACACCAUCGCCAGUGAGAACACUCUUCGGUUUGUCAAGUCGCUACCCAAGCGCGAGAGACAGCCCCUCCGUAACAAGUUCAAGAACGCAGACGACUCAGCCAUUGACCUUCUCGAACGCAUGCUUGUCUUUGACCCCAAGAAGCGAAUAACUGCCACUGAGGCUCUCGCUCACGACUACCUUUCUCCCUACCAUGACCCUACAGACGAGCCUGUGGCUGAGGAAAAAUUCGACUGGAGUUUCAACGACGCCGAUCUGCCUGUUGAUACAUGGAAGAUCAUGAUGUACUCGGAAAUUCUCGACUAUCAUAAUGUUGAAGCCGGUGUCACCAACAUGGAAGAGCAGUUUAAUGGACAAUAGAAGGGAGAAGUGGUUAAUAAAGGGGAGGAGAUGCUACCAGUGCAUAAAUACUUGAGGAAGAAGCAGACCAAGUCACAGUGCCGAUGAUACCACGAAAUUCAACGCAUACGCCCAUGAUCUAUCCCACCACACUCACACUAUCCCGUGCCCACAUGAAAAAGGACGAUUCAGGAGAGACGAGAAGACUAAGGAAGACGAGUGUCGAGAUAUCCACCGCAACAACUGAGCAUGCACAUGCAAGAACACGAACGCACGUAUGGCGUUGGGGAGAUAAGGGAAAGACUUUGGAAUUGAAAGACGGGGACAUAUGUUACAGCAAACUACCUUCACAAGGGAAAUGUUUAUCGUCUUGGGGCAAGAGGAGCUUUUUUAUUUUUAUUUUUGUUUAUUAUCGUUCUCCUUUGCCCUUUCCUCACCAUAUAUGUUAUUUUUAUUGUUAUUUUUAUCGGUUUAGGCAAGGCUGUAGCGGGGCAUGAAAAUACACGAUGCAUGAGGGUUCCCAGGUUACAUAUGCUUUUUCUUCUUGUUUUGGCUUACUAGCUGGUAUCUUUUGGACGUUUGGGUAAAUUAUAGAGUUGUAAAUGACAUGUUAUGAUGAAUCAAUGGUACAAUUCCUGUAUACAAUACAAGUGGCAUGCAUUGGGAGGAAGUAUGAUGCACGAUGUACUAGUAGGAAAUAAUAAUGCAAUUGCUAAACAUCCCACAUAUUCAGGGGUUCCUACUUGAAAUCCCC